AUGGCCCGCUUAUUUCGCCGAUUCGAAUCCGAGCCCGAAGUUUAUGAACUCGAAUUUGGUGAAACUUUAUUUGGUUUCUCCAAUAAACAGGGGGGAAAGUUGGCUGUGUGCUACUUUUACGAUUCCGGUCAACCCAUGGAAGCUGCUUUUUGGGAUGAAUUCUAUCAACGGAUUCUCCGCGCAUACUCAAUUUCGCUUAACACGAAUCUUUUUUUCGUUACACGCGGGGAUUACUUGAGAAAUAGAAAUCUAGCCUACGAGUUUGACAACAUACCGGCGUUUUGUAUUGCUUUACGCAUUGUUAAUGCGGCCGAUAAGGAUGUGGAGAAGAAGGUCAGGGAUUUGAUUGAGAGGACCGCGAAGAUUUCUCCGGAUACGACCGUGCUGCCGACAGCGACAAGACCAACAGAGGCAUUGGCAAGCGCUUGUUUGUGCACACCGACCCAGUGCAAGUUCACCCUUCCUUCGUACAAUCGUUGA